AUGGCUUCCACCGAUGUGAAUGUUACGGUCUUUGCCUAUCCUCAACCUGACAAGAUCGAUGAGGUUGCAACCCUUUGGAGUGAGCUUUCACGCCAAGUGCAGGCCAACGAGCCCGACACGCUGUUCUACUAUGCCUAUGUCAAUCAAGAUCGAAAUGCUAUUGUGGUCGUCGAGAGAUACCGUAACCAAGAAGCCCUAGUGAAGCACAGUCAAACGCCCUACUAUCAGGAGUUCAUGGCCAAGGCUGGGGGUCUGAUGGCCAAGCCUCUUGAGAUCCAGCGGGGUGGUGGUCCAUUGCCAGAGUCAACCAAGAUUUCCCGGCUGUAGAUGGAAGGGAUGGGAUGGACCCUAAUCCCGACAACCUCUGUACAUUAAAGAAGUAUAUUCGGUAAUUCUGAGCUGUAUCAGCUAAGUUCAUCAACAGGACCUCACUCUGUACUCCACAUUGAUAGUCCCGAAUUGGAUGGUGGCUAGGUCUGGUGUAGGCGGGCUCACGAUGCGAGGGAAAAUCCAGAGGUUGGUACUUCUGGCUACUGACUAUAAAGUAGUUUAAGGUAUAGCUG